AUGUUCGCCGCGGCCUCAAACCUACUCAACAGCUUCUGGCAAGGUCUUAACAUGGAUUCCCCCAACUCUUCUCCCGCCCAGCUUGACGGCGCUGUCGAUUUUGUCGAGCCCUCUGCUAUGGAUGUGCUUAUCGUCAAGGCAAUGCUGCAAAAGGGCCUGAAGCUGCCUGCCGAGAUUGUCGACAGCCUCCUGGACCAUGCCGAAUACUGGCUGCACACCACCGCCGUCGCCGACUUCUCUCAAGAAUACGGCGACGCUGUUCGUGUUCUCGGCGGCAGAUCUACUGGAGAGAAUAAGUUUCUUGUUCGCACCCAGCCCCUAGGCUUUGUCCACCACAAGUACCCAGACGACACGCCCGUCGCCACCCGCAUCCGAUCAGCCGCCCCUCUGCCACUCCAGCGGGAGUACUCCUUGGAAGACUUUCAGAAGAUGAUUGCCAGCCCUGAGCCAAUGAUCAAGAACCCCUGCCGCAAGAUCGCCUUCGAGAUCACCAGCAGAGAUCAAGGAUGGGGAGGCAUGCCAACCGACCACGGUACCUACAACCAUUCUUGGACUUGGUUCGACGUUGGUUUGGAGAGAUUUGAUGCCGACGCCCAGAGCAACGAUAAAACAUCUGACACUAAUGUUACGGAAGCCCCCGGCCUAUCCAUUGACAGCCUGAGGCCAGUCAUACCAGAGCUGGAGCCUGUCGACAACGAAGACCCCGAGGCAGGCCUGAAGCUACAUCACGACCUCGUCCCCUCUGCCAAGAUGCUGCAGAGCAAUGUCGUGGUUGAUAAGCACAUGCGCACGCACCGGAUCACCUGGUCCUGGACCGACAACAUCACCAACCCCGAGUCCGCAGAGGCCAAGGAUCUUGAAGAACAAGGACGCGGCACACUAUCCGCUGACGGCGAGUUUGUCAGGAAUCUGCAGCUGGGCGACGUCGUCACUGUCUGGGCCAAGGCGAGGUUCCCUGGAUGGGUGAAUCAUGUCCAGAAGGUGCAGGUCAAGGUGUACUGGACGAUUUGA